AUGUGGCAUUGCUCUCCAUAUCACACCGAGUUGCCUGAAGUGUAUUUGGCCAAGUGUUUACUUGAAGACAUCAGCAGCACGCCGGAAUUGGAUCGGAUGCAAACAGAACUUCAUGAUGUCCAUGUGCCGAUCGAACUGUUUUCUAAAAUUGACGCCGGGCAAAAUCCCCAGCUAUACACCCGAGAGUUCAUGGAACAAGCACUGGCAAAAAACGAGGCCGUUCGGGAGCUUUCUCUCCAUUUUCCGAAUGAAAUGGCCAAAUAUCGUGCUGUUCGGGGUGAUCCCGAAAUUCCCAACUUUCCUUCCGCCAACUUGUCCGGAUACUCGCAGUCAAAUGGUUCUGGAACCGAAACUGGUCCUGAUUCUGUCAUUAUGCGAUAA